AUGCACACGCCUACACUUCUCGCCACCGCGCUCGCCGUGGCUGCGGCCGCGCACGGCGACCACGACAGCCACCAGACGCCCCUUGAGCCCAUCGAGGGCCCGCUGCAGUCGCUGUGGUACAACCGGCUGCCGGGCGACGGCGGCACGCAGGCGGACUCGGUGUUCUCGGGCAUCACGACGUUUGGCCGCCUGCCGUACCAGCCGUGCCUGGCCGACCGCAGCGUCCAGUACGACAUUGCGUUUCUGGGCGCGCCGUUCGACACGGGCACGUCGUACCGGCCGGGGGCGCGCUUCGGCCCGUCGGGCAUCCGCCAGGGCUCGCGGCGCCUCAACCUGUACGGCGGCUACAACGUGCCGCUGGCGACGAACCCCUUCAACAGCUGGGCGACGGUGCUGGACUGCGGCGACAUCCCCGUGACGUCGUACGACAACACGUACGCGCUGCAGCAGAUCGAGGCGGGCCACCACGCGCUGCUGAGCCGCGCGCCGGCGACGGCCGCCGGCGACGCCGGGCCCGCGCGCGGCGGCCGCACGCUGCCGCGCGUCAUCACGCUGGGCGGCGACCACACCAUCACGCUGCCGCUGCUGCGGUCGGUGCACCGCGCGUACGGCCCCGUCAGCGUGGUGCACUUUGACAGCCACCUGGACACGUGGCGGCCCAAGGUCUUUGGCGGCGCGCCGUCCGAGGCGGCGGCCGUCAACCACGGCACGUACUUUUGGCACGCCGCGCAGGAGGGCCUGCUGCGCAACGACAGCAGCAUCCACGCCGGCAUCCGCACGACGCUCAGCGGGCCCAGCGACUACGACAACGACGGCUACUGCGGCUUCGAGAUUGUCGAGGCGCGCGAAGUCGACACCAUCGGCACCGGCGGCAUCGUCCAGCGCAUCCUCGACCGCGUCGGCACCCGCAACCCCGUCUACCUCUCCAUCGACAUUGACACGCUCGACCCGGCCUUUGCGCCCGCCACCGGCACGCCCGAGACCGGCGGCUGGUCCACGCGCGAGCUGCGCACCAUCCUGCGCGGCCUCGAGGACCUCAAUCUGAUUGCGGCCGACAUUGUCGAAGUGGCGCCCGCCUACGACACCAACGCCGAGCACACGACCAUGGCCGCGGCCGAUGUGCUGUACGAAGUCAUGAGCAUCAUGGUCAAGAAGGGGCCCCUGAGCAAGUCUGUUGCGGGCGAGCCUGCGGGCGAGGUUCCGGUCGACGAGCUGUAG